CAAACAGCUAGUUCUUCUAGCUUUGAUUGGUUUCAUCUAAACGUCAGUUUAGCUGGUUAGCUGAGCUCUUCGCUUUCUCAACGCAUGGCGUCCUCGGCGGGACUCCCUCCGCUCGGCCCGGACCCGACCCAGCUGCAUCGUCCUCGGUCUUUGACUCCGGCGGUAGGCCGUCUCUCCGGCCGCAUCACUCCCAUCCUGCUCGCUCCGCCUCGGGCUGUGUUAUGGUGGAGUCGGUGGACGACGCGGGGGGUGUAGGUGGCGGUGGAGCGGUGUCCCCUGUGCGGCUCUUCCCGCCGCAGGCUCACUUGUGCCCAGUGCAUUUUAAUGUUGCUAUAAUUUUCCCACACACUUGAUUUAUCGGGUUAUAUAAUAUGUGUCAGCCUGUACCAUAGUGUUACUCUGAUCUUAAUCUGAUCUUCUCUCUCUGGUCUGAUGGAUGAAUCGCUGCAGCUCUGUGUGACACUGUGGGAAGUCUCAUAUUUAGCGUGAGGUAAAGUGAAGCGUCAUGUUUUUACUGGACACGUUGGGACCCUCACAUGCACCAGCUAAAUGACGAGUCUGUGGUCUUUAUCACAGGCUGGAGAUCAGGCGCUAAUGAGGUCUACUCGAACAGUCUGUGGGUGGAGCUUUGGGUCAGGUACAGAGCUGGACCACAUUGACCCGGCUCACACCAUCAGCGCCGCCCUCUGCUACGCCACACAGCUUGUCACCGUCCUGCCUCACAUCCUGGAUGUCAACCUGCCCAAGAAGCUGUGCAACAGUGAGUUCUGUGGGGAGAACCUGAGCAGGUGUCACUUCACCAGAGCUCUGAGCAAACUGAACACCAACAUCCUGCACCUCUGCUUCUCACAGCAUGUUGACAGUGAGAAGCUUCAGCCUCAUCACACUCUGAGGAACAUCAUGUUUCUGGUUUCCCUCGACAGCCUGGACAGGACCGGUCCGUUCCAGGUGAGCACCGAGCCGGAGGAGUCGAUGGAGUUCGUGGAGCCCGAGGCCGUGGGGCCGGCAGAGGAGAGUGGAGACGAGGUAGCGACAGACGACAAGAUGGACCUGGGGACAGAGUGGGAGACGGUGCCCGCUUCGCGAAUCUGUGACAUCCCAUCACAGGUAGAAACACCUGGAUCACCCCAGAAUGUGUUAGAGCUCAGCUGAAGACCAGCUGAUACCAGAAAUACAGGCGGGACUUUGAAGAGUCCGAUGCUGGUCCUCCUGCUCCCACACUGUCCCAUCCUUCAGCAGGACAACAUACAGCUGAUCAGUGUUUCCUGUCCGUGGUGCUGAGUCUGAAAACUGGUUCUAACAUCAGACGUGAUGCAUGUUUGACACAUGUUGGAUUCGGCAGCAGUUUAUGAACGACUGUCGCUUCCCAUGAUGUGCUGAUCAGAUGAAAUCUCUGAUCCUGGAUCAGUGUCUGAAAAAUGUGUCAGUGGAAAACGUUGAUGUUGAAGGAGACUGUCUGUCCUCUGUCUCUGAUCUGAUGAUCACGUACAGAUGUUAGCAGCUGUCACCCUGAAAUCACAGCUGCACACACUAAAUGUCCUGCUCCUUAUUUUUCACCACUUAACUGGAUCCAGAUACUGAGCGUGAAGUUACCAUCUCUAACUAUUGAUCUGAUGUGAAUCAAAGUUUCACUGGAGAAAGUGACUCCUGACACUGCCGUGCUCCUCCAGAGAGAAGAUGUCUCACUCUGCUGGAAAUUCAGAGACAGUUCACUCGAUGGAGUUCCCACGUUCCAUCAGAUGUUUGAAUGUCAGAGAAACAUGACAGCCAUCGUCUGAUUGACGGUCUCACAGAUGAUCUUUGGGUGAGUUCAGACUCACAAACCGACAACAAACAUUUCACUUUGUCAUCGAGUUAAUAUGAACGAGUUUCAGCUGCUGUGAGCCGCAGGCGACCAAAACUUAAACUAUCAAAUCGCCUUUUUAUAUAAAGCUAAGGACCCACUACCUGUAUGUUCUCUGUCUUAUGUAUAUUCUAUAUACACAAUACACAGAAACUUGAAUUAAUCUGACCUUCAGAUGUUCAUGCUGAAGAAAACCUUAUAAUAAAAUAAUGUGCUGAAUAACUGCAAGGAUAUUACAUUGUUCCUUAAAUUACCAUCAUUACAUCAACAGGUCAGACUGAUUCCUCAGUAACCUGCACAUUUUCACCUGAACGACUCGUUUUCAUUAGAAAUACUGAAACUUCUCAGGCUGAAACCUCUUGGUUCUGAUCCAGCUCACUGUCAUUAAGAUGGACUUUUACAGGUUUGGGUUUAAGGACUUGUUGCUAUGACAACAGCUCCAGAUUCAUUUUAAACCCACAAUCAGAAAAUCCAGACUCAUGUCAAAUCCUCAUCAUUAUGAUCUGGAGAACUUGGUCAGUCACAUAUGAAGCUCGGGGCCCUGGUGUUUAAAAGACGAG